GCGCCUUACUGAAGAGCGACCCCAGCCGGGGACUCAGCGAGGCCAAAGCAGAGGCGAGGCUGAAGAAGGAUGGCCCUAACCAGCUUCAGCAAGAGCCCCGGUUGGGGCUCUUCAUGCUCUUUGUCCUCCAGCUGACCAGUUUCAUCAUUAUCCUGCUCAUCAUAGCUGCUAUUGCUUCCAUUGUCGUAAAUGCCACGAAUGAGGGCAAGCGGGAUGAGAUCUUGUCCUACACAACUGGCAUGGCGAUCUUUAUUUUGGUCCUUUUGAACGCUGGCAUCGCAGCGUAUACGGAGCAUCAAGCAGGCAAUGCCCUCGAUGCCUUGGCCAAGCUCUCACAGCCAGAGGUGUCGGUGCUUCGCGGCGGCGAGGUGAUGAGCAUACCGACUGUGGAUGUUGUGAAGGGGGACAUUGUUCUGCUGGAGACCGGCGAUGUUGUGCCCGCGGACCUGAGGCUCCUUGAAGCAGCAGACGUGAAAGUUGAUGAGAAGGCAUUAACGGGGGAGCCCGAUGACGUGUCGAAGAACACGAAGAUCAAGGAACAGACAAAGCUGACGCCCGAGAACAUGGUCUUUUCUGGAUGCCCUGUGGCCAGUGGCAAGUGUAAAGGUAUUGUUGUAGCCACUGGUAUGAACACGCGCAUCGGCGAGAUCGCCAAGAUGAUGGCAAGCCAGGAUGACAAGGCGGGCGGCGGGCCCUGCGAUUGUCUUCCCACCUCGGCUGAAAACAAGACACCCCUUCAGGAGAAUGUCGAGCGAUUGGGUGCACGCAUCGGUGUGUUGGCCAUCGUGGUGUGCAUUGUGGUGUUCAUCAUCGGGCUUCUGAUUGGCACAAAGGAUCCCGAAUUCCCAGAAAGCCCCAGCUGGGUCUACAUGAUCCUCAUUGCUGUAACGCUUGCUGUGGCUGCUAUUCCAGAAGGAAUUCCUCUUUGCGUCACGAUCUCCUUGGCAAUAGGCUGCCAAGAAAUGGUGGAGAAAAAUGUGCAGGUGCGCAAGAUCGCAGCAGUUGAAACGCUGGGCUCAGCUUCGGUAAUUUGCAGCGACAAGACCGGCACGCUGACUGAAGGCAAGAUGACCAUGACCAAGAUGUGGUCGUGCGGUGUAGACUAUAACAUUACCGGCCAGGGCUUUGAUCCGACCAAUGGUCAAGUGCAACGUGUCGGCAUGCUCCUGCCACAUGGGGUGAACUCUAACCGUGACCUGGGAGUUCGCAGCACUUUGCUCUCCGCUUUGCUGUGUAGCGACACGGUGCUGUUUUUGGCAGAGGACCCAGACACAGGUGAGACCACGUGGCAGUACCGCGGGAACUCUUCUGAGGCUCCCAUCGUUGUGGCCGCCCGCAAGAUCGGGCUGCCGGAAGACAUUGCCGGUAGCUACCGCCGCAUUGUGAACAUCCCCUUCUCAUCGGCAAGGAAGAUGAUGCUCACGGUCUCAGAUGUCACGGGCCGGACCAGCAUCUGUGAGGGAGGAAUGCCCUUGCCUCGCGGCACCACCUGUUUCACUGUUUGCAAAGGAGCUCCAAACUGGGUCAUUCAAAGCUGCACGAGCAUUCUCCGAGAGGAUGGGGCGGUGCUUCCUUUGAGUGAGGAGGAGAAGGCGCGCAUCAACGCAGGAGUGGUGGAUGCCUACUCAGACCAGGCGCUUCGCGUUCUGGCUGUUGCUGUGGGCUUCAGAGCAGAGCCCCCAGCCCAGCUGGAGAGCGACGACGUGCCCUUGGACGAGAAGUUCAAGAUGCUGCGGUCCAACUUGACGCUGGUAGGCAUGGUGGCUUCACUGGACCCAGAUCGUGAAGGCGUCCGGGAGUCGGUCCUCGCUGCGCGGGAGGCUGGCAUCCGCGUGGUCAUGAUCACGGGUGACUAUCUCAAAACAGCCACGGCCAUAGCCAGGCGUGUGGAGAUUCUUCGGCCGGAGGAUAACAUCGCUGAAGCAGCUGUAGAUUGCAACUCCCUGCGGCCCAACGGCGAUAUCUACGUGCCGGAAGACCAGAUGGAUGAUAUCACAAGCCGGGUCCGCGUCUUCGCGCGUGCGAAGCCGGCGGACAAGCUGGAGAUUGUGAAAUCCCUUCAAAGACAAGGGCUUGUCUGCGCCAUGACCGGCGACGGGGUCAACGACGCCCCGGCGCUGAACGAGGCCAACAUCGGCGUAGCCAUGGGCAUCCAGGGCACGGAGGUGGCGAAGGGUGCUGCCGAGAUGAUUUUGACGGAUGAUAACUUCACCUCCAUAGUGAAGGCGGUUGAGAAGGGACGCUCCAUCUAUGCAGGAAUCCAGAAGUUUGUUGCCUUCAUCAUGUCCGUGCACAUUGCUGAAGUCAUCCAGAUCUUCUUCUGCGUGGUGGUCUCCAUGCCGCUCAUGCGUACGCCUCUCCAGAUCCUCUUCUUGAUUCUGGUGACCGAUCUGCCACCAUCCAUUGCGCUCGGCAUGGAGCCAGGUGAGAGGAAUAUCCUUCAGCAGCCGCCCAGGCCCAAGAACGAACCCAUUGUGCUCGGCUGGAUGUGGGUGAGCAUCCUGCUGAAUGGCUUUGUGCUUUCGGUGGUGAUCAUUGCAGUUUACACAAUCGCGCUCCACCACUACCUUGGCGUGGUGUUUCUGGAGGACAUCUUAAAGGCCAAGGAAGACAAAGGAGAAUCGCAGGGAGAGGUGGAUGAUCAGCUGGCAAAGGCAAGAACCGUUGCCUUCAUAUCCCUGGUAUUCUGUGAGAAUGUCCGCGCGUACAUCUGCCGAUCCUUCAGUCAGCCGGUGUGGGUGGACCUCUGCACGAACCCAGUGAUGCAGAGGGCUGUUUUAGUGGCCCAGGUUGCGAUGCUCUGUGCAGUCCUCAUCCCCUUCUUUUCCGACCAGAUUCUUGGCCUGGACGGCCUCCAUAUUGGCUUGUGGGGCUGGCUCUUCUCGUUGACAGGACCUGCAGCUACGCUGGUGCUGUGCGAGCUAAGCAAGCUGCUGACCAAGUGGCAGAUGAAGCGCUAUCAAAGACAGGCGCGGUUCUGGUGA